AUGCAGAAAUUGUUGGAAGAUCUUAGUUCGCCGCAGCAAAGAUCCUUAGUAAUUGCUGCUUUAUGCCCUGGUGCUGUUACAUUGGCCUCUGACCCCAAUGGCCACCUUGUGAUUCUUUACUGCUUGAAAAAUUUCUCCUUUGAAUACAACAAGCAUCUUAUCAAUGAAAUCGCAAAGAACUGCUUUGGGAUUGCAACCAAUAGAAACGGGUGCUGUGUGCUGCAGUCGUGUAUAGAAAAUGCUUGUGGAGAAGCAAGGGAGAGUCUGGUAAACGAGAUAAUAGCAAAUGCUGUGCAGCUAUCAGAAAAUCCCUACGGCAACUAUGUCGUGCAACAUCUGCUGGGACAAAAUAUACCAGGAGUGGAAGACAAUCUGCUGGGGCGGCUCGAAGGGAAGUUUGAUUCUCUCGCACGCAACAAAUACGCUAGUAAUGUUGUCGAGAAAUUCUUUGUCAAAUCGGGAGAGCAGUCUACUAAAAUUAUCAAGGAGUUGAUCUCAAGCCCAAAUCUUUCGAUGCUUCUAGUGGAUCCUUUUGGGAACUAUGUCAUUCAGAAGGCAUUGAAAGUAGCAAAGGGCGAGGUCUUCAACGCACUCAUUGAUCUGAUCAUGGUUAACGCACCCUCCAUGCAAAGUAAUAUCUAUGGGAAAAUGAUCCUCGCUUGUUUGAGUAGGGGCGGUAGGGAUAUACAUGCAGGCAGCAACAUUCUCUAUUCUAAGUAGCAUGCAUGGGUUCGUGCGUUAUUGAUCUGUCGGUAUGUAAACUGUAGCGCUGUGUUCUGUUGUUUGUGUUUUUGACUGAAUUUAGCACACUAGAAAGAAAGGGAUUUGGGAAGAUGCAUGGCGAAAGAUUUGGCGCCGCAGAAGCAUCAUAGAAUGUAUUUUUUUUUUUUUGUUGGGAUUUUUUUGUAUAAUUUGCUUUUGUUUAUUUUUGUUGAUGGCUGGAUGGCUGGCUAUUUGAGAUAGGGCAUGUAAUAGUUUUUCUUGACUGCCACUCAAUAAAUGCUUUCAGCUCUCAUCCUGUAUAAAUCAUAGCCUCUAUCUAGUCUUCAUCA